CACACGCACACGACUCGACACAAAGAUUUUUUCAUAGUCAUCAAGAUAUGUAUUUUAUACAUAUAUAUCAUAUGAUGAUAGACACAAAAUCCUUCCCUUUGCAAAGAAUGCUCAUGUUUUGACUUGGUUUAGUUUGUCCCUUUUUUUCUGUUUCAACCUAAGCUCGAGCUCACUGGAAAAAGAGCUGAAGAAGAAAGAAAGCAUGCAUAGAAGAGUAUUUAUUAGUUGUCUGAAAUUCUUGAAUCUGUCUGUUCUUAUAAUUUGUUCAGUAUUGUCCGAGAGUGUGUUAGGGACAAAAAAAUUGGACACCUCUACCUCGAUUUCUGCAAGAAAGAUGGACAUUACUACUCCACUAACUACAGUUCCAACUGCCAAUCCCAAUACUCCGACCACCACCAAUCCAGUACUGAAUCCGACAGUUUUUGGCCCCAACUCGCCUAGUGUCAUCAAUCCAGCCAAUCCCAUAAUGCCACCGGCCGCCGCCACAACCACCACGGCCAGUGGAAGCUGGUGUGUUGCUAGCCAAUCCGUGUCACAAACUGCAUUACAAGUUUCAUUAGACUAUGCUUGUGGCUAUGGUGGCGCUGAUUGUUCGGCAAUUCAGCCUGGUGGCAGCUGCUACAAUCCGAUCACAUUGCGUGAUCAUGCCUCGUACGCUUUCAAUAGCUAUUAUCAGAAGAAUCCAAUCCCUGCUAGCUGCAAUUUUGGUGGCACUGCUGUAACCACCAGCACUGACCCAAGUUAUGAUACAUGUCAAUAUCCAUCGACUAGCACGAGUUCAUCAGUACUGAACGCCACCAAUUCAAUUGGAUCACGAGUUUUUGGCGCGGGACCAAUCAACCCCUUUAGCUCAGCACCUGCAAUUCCAAGAAACUUCCAUGAUUUUCACUACAUCUUGAUAUUAAUCAUUCAUUUUCUGGUUCUAAAAUCAGAUGCAACUACUAAUUUAGGUUGAUCCAACAGUGCUUUAUGACUUCUAUCUGCGAAAAAAAAAAGAAUAUCCGUAUCAAGGACAGAUUUUUAGUUUGGUCACAAGAAUAUAGAAAAAUUCACAUUUGUUUGCAGGCAAGUGACAUACCUAGAGGCCAUGAUGUCAAAUUGGUGCUGUUUUUAAUCACUUGCCAAAGUGACAUCUUUGUGGUGAAAAUCACACGAAAGAAUAUGUAGAGAGGAAGAAUUUUGCUGGUUUUGUAGUGCUGAACAACUUUCUUGUUCUUAGUUUUACAAUUUUUUUAUUUUUUUCUGAGAAUUGAAUAUGAAAAUCUUGAUUGGGAACAGUGUAAAAGGCAGUGUUCUACGGAUGAACUUUGGAAGGGUCCCCAUGCCUUUAGAUUUUCUCAGACUUUGGAACAAAAAUGGUGAAUCAUUGGGUCAUUGUGUCUUUCUUUUACCAGUUUUGUUAGUUUUAUGUUGUACUAAAGUGUGUUUAUCUCUCUUUUUCUUGCA